AGAAGGCGACGCUSUUCGACAGCCAGGCUCCCAUCUGCCCCAUCUGCCAGGUGCUGCUCCGCCCCGGCGAGCUGCAGGAGCACAUGGAGCAGGAGCUGGAGAAGCUCACGCAGCUCAACAUCAGCAAGAACUCCAUCCUGAAGGAUGCCAUGGCAGCGGGUACCCCCAAGUCAAUUUUGUUGUCAGCCUCAAUCAAGCGGGAAGGAGAUUCUCCGACAGCAUCGCCCCACUCUUCAGAUGACAUCCAUCACUCGGACAGAUACCAGACCUUCCUGCGGGUGCGAGCGAACAGGCAGACCCGGCUGAAUGCUCGGAUUGGGAAAAUGAAACGGCGGAAGCAAGACGAAGGGCAGGUAUGUCCCCUCUGCAGCCGGCCUCUGUCAGGAUCCGAGGAGGAGAUGAGUAGGCAUGUGGAACAAUGCCUUGCAAAGAGAGAAGGCUCGUGCAUGACUGAGGAUGACUCUGUGGACAUCGAGAAUGAGAAUGGCAACCGCUUUGAAGAGUACGAGUGGUGUGGGCAGAAGAGGAUACGGGCCACUACUCUCCUGGAGGGAGGAUUUCGAGGUUCUGGGUUUAUCAUGUGCAGCGGCAAGGAGAAUCCAGACAGUGACGCUGACCUGGAUGUGGAUGGGGACGACACACUGGAAUAUGGGAAACCACAGUACACUGAGGCAGACGUUAUCCCUUGCACUGGGGAAGAGCCAGGUGAAGCCAAAGAGAGGGAGGCGCUCCGCGGUGCUGUUUUAAAUGGUGGCACACCUAGUACUCGAAUAACGCCGGAGUUUUCGAAAUGGGCCAGUGACGAAAUGCCCUCAACGAGUAAUGGUGAGAGCAGUAAACAGGAGACCAUGCAGAAGACCUGUAAGAACAGUGACAUUGAAAAAAUUACAGAAGACUCUGCAGUGACAACAUUUGAAGCGUUAAAGGCUCGUGUCCGUGAGUUAGAAAGGCAGCUUUCCCGUGGGGACCGCUAUAAAUGUCUCAUUUGCAUGGAUUCGUACACAAUGCCCCUGACUUCCAUUCAGUGCUGGCACGUGCACUGUGAAGAAUGCUGGCUGCGGACUCUGGGUGCCAAGAAGCUCUGUCCCCAGUGCAACACCAUCACGUCCCCCGGAGACCUUCGGCGCAUCUACUUAUGAAAGGACCCAGCGGGAGGGCGGGACUCGGCUCCGCUCGUCACACCAGGGGGAAGAGAGCAGCAGCAGCAAAAAGA